AUGGCGGCCCGAGCCCUGUCGCUCUCGUUGCUGCUUUUGCUGCCAUUGCUGUCGCUGCUGCUACUGCAGCCCACUGACGCUGGUCAGAACCUGCAAAAGACCACGUGCCCGUUGUGCAACAUGGACGUCAAGCCCAACAUCAACGCCACUGUGCUGGGCAACCAGUACGUCUACGCGUGUGAGAUGGCUGGCCACAUUGAGUCCCUGCAGCACAAACCGGGUGCUAACCUUGGCCGUCCAGUAGAGGCCGAUAUCUCGACCGACGAGAUCUACAAGGACGCAAAGGCGAUCAGGUGUCCCGUCUGUAGCAAGAGCUUUGACCACCUCACGCACGCUGUGCCGUGGAUCUCCAAGGGCGGACAGAAGAUCUACACGUGCUCGAAGGCGCACGCACAACUCGUGUUUGACAACCCGACCAAGUACGUGGCAGCCCAAGCGUCUUCCGACGACUUUUGCUACGCCGGUGCAGCGGCCGACCCCACGGGUUCCGUCAUGUACAAUGGUUUCCAGACCGCUAUUGGCGGCAAUACCGCGUGCCUGUUGCUGCUCUUUCAGCCGUGGGUGAUCUCGUCAGAAGUCAAGUACGUGUUCGCCUUCCUCGGCGUCGUCUUGCUCGCUGUCUUGCUCGAAGGCUUUGGCGAGCUGCGCGAGUUUGUGGAAAAGCGGUUGUUCCAGGUCUACAGUGUCGUGUCCAGGCAGACAGACUACAUGUUGGUGUCUGGUGUGACCACACCGCAAAUGAGACGCAGCAAAGACGAUCCUCUCGCCACCGCCGACUCUUUCGCGCUCAAGAUUUGUGACACGGCCAACGCCCAUCACACCAGCAUCAUCCGCCGCCUGCCGUUUUGGUGCAAACUGGCGUUAGCAGUCAUGUACAUGGUACACCUGAGUUUGGGCUACUUGGUCAUGUUGGUCAUUAUGACGUUCGAGACGCUCAUGUUUGUGGCGGUGGUUCUUGGCGUCGGCCUGGGCUUCGUCAUCUUCAAGGACACGGACGCUGACAAGCUUGGCGGCAGUAUCGACCCAUGUUGUUCCACGUAA